AUGGCAACGACACACGAGCAGAGUCACAGCGGUCGCCAUGGCAGCGACACACGAGCAGAGUCACAGCGGUCGCCAUGGCAGCGACACACGAGCAGAGUCACAACGGUCGCCAUGGCAGCGACACACGAGCAGAGUUACAGCGGUCGCCAUAGCAACGACACACGGUCUGAGUCACAGCGGUUGCCAUGGCAGCGACACACGGUCCGAGUCACAGCGGUCGUCAUGGCAACGACACACGGUCCGAGUCACAGCGGUCGUCAUGGCAACGACACACGGUCCGAGUCACAGCGGUCGCCAUGGCAGCGACACACGGUCAGUCACACCGGUCGCCAAUCGCCAUGGCAGCAACACACGGUUAGAGUCACAGCGGUCGCCACGGCAACGACACACGAGCAGAACGGCGUCUCUGUUUUUGGGAGCUUUACCACAGACUUCUCUGACUCGUCUCUCCGAGCUCUGGCCUCUGCUUUGACUCUUUUUGGACUAAAACUAGCUCCAGCGUCGUAA